AUUUAAUGGCAUAACCAAGUAUCCCAACUGGGCCAGAUAUCUGCGAUAUCUAUGCUAAUUUCUCUCCACAUGGGGGCCAAGUUUUUACUUAAGUAGCGAGACUGAUGCGAAGCCCCCGACAUUACCCAAGCGACAAUGGCUCCCAUUGAGUUGCUGCUGAUUGGAGUACUAGCCAUAGAAGGUGCCUUUGGGCGACUAAAUUGUGAGACCUUAAAAUGAAAGAGUGCCAUAGUUUCAACAAAUAUUUUCUAGCCCGCCAGCCCAGUGGAUACACACCCCACAGAAUUGUUGGAGGAGCGGAUGUCCCGCCGGGAGAACAUGUCCCCUAUCAAGUAUCCCUCCAAUAUCAGACUCGUAAUGGACAAAUGCAUUUCUGCGGGGGAUCCAUCAUUGCCCCCAACCGCAUCCUAACAGCUGCCCACUGUUGCCAGGGCUUAAAUGCGAGUCGCAUGUCCGUAGUGGCUGGAAUACGAAGCCUGCAAGAAAUAGGAUCCCGCUCCAAGGUUCUCUCCUUCACCAUUCAUCCAGAUUACAAGGAGCUGGUCACCAGCGACCUGUCCGUUCUGUAUAUAGAUCCUCCGCUAGAGUUUGACAACACAACCAUCGGUGCCAUUGACUUGCAGUCGAAUUACGUGGGCGGAGGAGUUCCGGUGACCCUAACUGGUUGGGGCUUACGCCUAUGGGUACCUUUUCCCUACCUGGACGAUGUCAACUACCCUAAUGUCCUGCAGCGGAUGAGCUAUCAUACGAUUACGAACCAGGAGUGCAGGAAUGCUGGCAUGGACAGUGUGACGGAUACGGAAGUCUGCGCCAGAGGACCUUUCAGGGGGGCUUGUUCGGGCGAUUCUGGUGGACCGCUGGUGAUGAGAACGGACGAGGGCCUAAAACAAGUAGGCAUAGUAUCCUACGGAUUGGUGGUUUGUGGCCUGUUCAUAUCCCCGGAUGUCUACACCCGAGUGUCAACCUUUACUGAAUGGAUAGUGGGUCAUCUGGAGUUCUAG